GUCCACGAAUUUCUGGGAGUGCCUUUUGCUGCUGCUCCAACAGGUCCUCUGCGGUUCAAAUCUCCGCAAAAGCCAACGUCCUGGGGUCCCGAAGUAAAAGAGGCACGAGAAAGGGGCUUCUUCUGUCCGCAACAUCCAGUAUCGUAUGUCACCAAACAGAUGCAAAGUGAAGACUGUCUCACUUUGUCGAUGUGGGUACCACAAUUACAAGGACAAGCAGAGCAAGGAGGAGCACUGGCACAAGCAGAGAACAAAGGAUCGGAACAAGAACAACGAGUUCAACAAGGAGCAGGGAUGCAACAGCAACAAGAAGAGAACAAUACUAGAUUUUCUAGAAGCUACCUUCAAGAUCAAGAACCACCGGCUGCAGGCGGAAAAAGAGAAAUAGAAAAGGCCAUCAAGAUGAAAACGCGUCUUCCAGUGCUAGUCUGGAUCCAUGGGGGUUCGUUUCAUGCGGAUUGGCCUGAUCCUAGUCUAUACGACGGGACUCGGCUUGCUGCGAUUGGAGAAGUAAUCGUCGUGACUAUGAACUAUCGACUAGGUGCAGCGGGAGCCCUAUCGCUGAGCGAAUUUCACAGUACUAGAAGUAGUGCUCGUCCGAGACCUUCUGCUGAUGGAAGUGCAACUGGAUCUGGUCGCGGAAGUGCAAAUGGAACUGCAGAUGAAGAAGAAGAAGAAGUAGACGCAUUUGACGAACAUCGAGGACAACAACAGCAGCAAGCUAAAACUUCUACCAUCUCCGUAUCCAAACUUGUUCCGGGCAAUCAGGCCAUGCUGGACCAACAGGCGGCGAUCGAGUUUAUCCGUGACAACGCUGAUGCUUUGGGGGCUGACGUGGGCCGGAUUUCGGUUUUCGGACAGAGUUCUGGCGGUGUACAUGCAGCUUUCCACCUAGUGUCG